AUCGAGAUUUGAAGACGUUGGUGGAGAAGAUGAACCUGUGUAUCGUCAGUCUUCUCCUCACUUUGGAUUUAGCCACCGUGGCGCUCAGUUUGUCCACAUGCAGCACGCUGGACAUGGAUCAGUUCAAAAAGAAGCGCAUCGAGGCCAUCCGAGGGCAGAUCCUGAGCAAACUGAAGCUCACGAGCCCCCCGGAGGACUUCCCUGAACCAGAGGAAGUGUCCCGGGACAUUGUCGCCAUUUACAACAGCACCCGGGACCUGCUGCAGGAGAAGGCGAACGAACGGGCGGCUACGUGCGAGAGACAACGGAGUGAGGAGGAGUAUUACGCCAAGGAGGUGCACAAGAUCGACAUGCAGCCUUUCUACCCGUCAGAGAAUGUCAUCUCUCCUACACACUUCAACCCUUACUUCAGGCGGCUGACCUUUGAUGUGUCCUCCAUGGAAAAGAAUGCCUCCAACCUAGUGAAGGCUGAGCUCAGGAUCUUCCGUCUUCAAAACCCCGGGGCCCGCGUGUCUGAGCAGCGCAUUGAGCUAUACCAGAUUUUAGCACACAAAGACCUGACGUCUCCAACACAGAGAUAUAUUGACAGCAAGGUUGUACGAACACAGACGGAGGGAGAAUGGCUUUCCUUUGAUGUGACAGAGGCAGUGAGUGAAUGGCUGAACCACAGAGACAGAAACAGUGGAUUCAAGAUUAGCCUGCACUGCCCAUGCUGCACGUUUGUACCAUCAAAUAACUACAUUAUUCCCAACAAGAGUGAGGAGCUGGAGGCACGGUUUGCAGGUAUUGAUGACAGCUUCAUCCCUGGUGGUGACCUGAAGGUAUUUAAGAAGCGGCGGCACAGCACUCGGGCUCCACACCUUCUCCUCAUGCUGCUGCCUUCAUACAGGCUGGAGUCCCAGUCCCAGCACAAGAACCAUCGAUCCAAGAGAGCCCUGGACGCUGCCUACUGCUCCAGAAACGUUCAGGACAACUGCUGCUUACGGUCACUUUACAUCGAUUUUAAGAAGGACCUGGGCUGGAGGUGGAUUCAUGAGCCCAAAGGCUACGAGGCCAACUUCUGCGCAGGGGCCUGUCCAUAUCUGUGGAGUGCAGACACCCAGCAUUCCAAGGUGUUAGGCCUGUAUAACACCAUCAACCCUGAAGCAUCAGCAUCACCCUGCUGUGUCUCCCAGGACCUGGAGCCUCUCACCAUCCUCUACUACAUUGGCAAGACCCCCAAAAUAGAGCAGCUUUCCAAUAUGAAGGUCAAGUCCUGCAAGUGCAGCUAGAAGCUCUUACAACCCAUCACAAACACUCUCUCCCUUCCUUCACAUAAACACGCACACACAUGCAGUGGACUCGGGCAUACAUGCAGUCAAACCGCAGCUGUCUCUUACAUGCACUAUUAUGCUCACAAAAGUAUUUCUGCACACACACAGUCAGGUGUGGUGUGUUGGAGAAUAGAGGUACAGAAUAAAUCAACUUCAAUGCUAGUUCAGUUAACACGCUCACACACAAGAUACAGGACCAGUGAUGUCAUGAUCCCAGAAACAUGACUUUGGUACCUACAGAACAGGUACACUGCUGUCUUUACAUGACAUGAUUCAAGUUUUGGGUUUUGGCAUCAGUUUGUCAACGUGUUUAAAAAGACUGAUGUGGACACCGAAAACUACCACUAAUGACUUAUGAUGCUGUAACUCUAGUGGCCACUAGGUUCUGGUUCAAAAAAAAUCUGACUGUUGAAAUUUGUUCAGAAAGUUGAA